AUGCAGCAGAUCGGUCAAUCUGAUAGCUCAGAUGGUAAAAGUGCCUGUCGUGUCAUGCUUCCUUUCCUUACAAUUUGUUCCGCUGAUGACCUGGUUCAAAUACGGAGGAAGUGUAAUGUUAUAGUUGGGUCGUGUGGCUGUUGUAAUGUCCUCAUUCUUAAGAAGGCUAUAUCGAAGGUAGCAAUUGUAGGCACGAGUAUCUCCAGCACAAAGUCGUGUGUGUACUGUCAGUGUAAGAUGCUGAGUUGCAUCUACAAAUUUUGGUCUCAUUUUUCCAUACCCGUUUAUGAAGAAAAAAUUUUCCGCUUGUGGUGUUUGAGAGUAAUUAUCGUUAUUCUGGGAGUGGCCGAAGAAGUGGCUUCAAGUGGUAAAAUUAUCGGUGCCGAUGGCCGCGGCUGUGUCUUCCUGAACAUCAAAACUUCAAACUAA